UUGGUACUUAACUAUCGAACAAACAUUCCAAAAUAUUGUUAUGCACGGAUUACUGUGCGUAGUCAUCAAAGAGCACCAAUGUGAGACAUUCACGCCGCACGUGACACACCGUUGCCUAUUGUAGCGAUACGCGUGUCGUACUGGCAAGAAAUUCGACAGCGAAGCACAACGUGUGGCAAUAUGGAAGGCAGAGUAGAGGAUGUAGCGAUAGUGGACCGGUGACGAUUCAUAUCGAUUCAAAUAAGAUAAUUUUUCCAUCUGGAUGACAAUUUUUGUGAAUGAUUUUCAGCGGUAGACAGAGAAAUUUUUACAGGAAGUGAACACACCAUAUACACCAAAAAUGAUUCCCAUGACACACAAGGAUCCAGCUCGCUCACUGGGAUCAAGAAUCAAAGAAAAACUUAAUGGUUGGAUACGCUUGAUAUUCUCUGACCGCAACUCCCGAAAUUUAUUUCUUUUCUUACUUUUGAAUCUGUCAUUUGCAUUUGUAGAACUGACAUAUGGAAUCUGGACCAAUAGUUUGGGCCUUAUUUCAGAUUCAUUUCACAUGUUCUUUGAUUGUACUGGUCUUUUAGCAGGACUUGCUGCUUCUGUUAUUACAAGGUGGAGAGCAAAUGAUAAAUUUUCAUAUGGUUAUGUACGUGCUGAAGUUUUAGCUGGUUUUGUCAAUGGAUUAUUUCUUCUUUUUAUUGCAUUCUUCAUAAUGUCUGAAGCAGUAGAAAGAGCUAUUGAGCCACCAGAAGUAAAACAUGAGCGACUUUUUGUUGUCUCAGUCCUUGGACUUCUAGUGAACCUGGUUGGAAUAUAUGCUUUUCAGCAUGGUCAUGGCCAUGCUCAUGGUGUGGGUGGUAGUCAUGGUCAUUCACAUGGAGGGGGAGGACAUUCACAUCCUCAUUCACAUGGUGGUUUCAGUGACCAUCAUUCACACAGCCAUGAUUCAGGUGAUUUCACAGGUAGUGACUCUCAGAUCAUGAAGGGAGUAUUCCUACACAUUUUGGCAGAUACUCUGGGUAGUGUAGGAGUUAUCAUAUCUGCUGUCCUGAUGCAGAUGUUUGGGUGGUUGAUAGCAGACCCAAUCUGUUCUAUGUUCAUUGCUAUACUGAUUGCACUUAGUGUCCUUGCACUCAUAAAAGAAUCUGUGCUAAUUUUGAUGCAACGGCAACCACCCGCACUGGAUGGUGUGUUGCCCCAGUGUUACCAGAAAGUGAUGCAGUUGGCUGGUGUGUACAGUGUUCAAGAGCCCCACUUUUGGACUUUAUGUAGUGAUGUGUAUGUAGGUGCUCUUAAACUUGAAGUGUCAAAAGCAUCAGAUCCAAAGUACAUAGUGAGCCACACCCAUAUGAUAUUUGCUGCUGUUGGCGUCAAACAGCUUUAUGUUCAGUUGGACUAUGCCAACAUGUGAUCUUGCCAUGACACAAGUGGGCAUAUCUCUUCACUACCAAGAUCACUGCCAGUCCUUCAGUGUGGAGUGUGUCACCACAGAUGGCUUGCACUAGUUCUUGGAGUAGCAUGGUGCAAGGAAACAGUGAUGCGCCUCAUUUGUCUUCCAAAACAAUUGAGGUUUACCCGGAUGAAAGCUGUAAAAAGUGGGUCUAUGGUGGUGUGACUAUGAUUGUCACUUGAUGGCAGUAUUAUAAUCCUGACUUCUUAGGAAUUACACACAUUAAUUACUAAGUUGUAUCCAUGUGCAUUCCUCUGUGCAUUUGAUUAUGUAAAUGGUAUGGAAUGUUAAAUCGUGACUAUGGAAAAAAUACUUCCAGAUGAUUAUUUCCAGUGCAAGAUCUCCUAAUGAAUAAAAUUUAAUUGUAAUUGCAGUGAAAUGAUGUGGUCACAUGUAUAUUUGUAUAUAGUGCAACUCAUAAUUUAAUAUCCAGAUUUGUGUAUAAUAAACCAUUGAUUUUGUGAAUAAUCAAUGCAGAUGCUUUAUACCUGUCUUAUGUAUGAUAUGUUUGGGUCUGGGAAAUAUUGUUUUUUAUUGGAAGGUUCAUGGCUAUUUAUUAAAGUAUACAUUUUUGUUACUACAUGGCUUAUAUUUUAUACAAAAAGAAAUGUCAUUCCUCGAUUCAUAGGAUAGGCAGUUGGGCCUGUUCCAACUUCACGUACGCAUUUAAUCUUUGCUUAGCAACGGUGAGUAAACAGCGGUUGCUAGGCAAAGCCUACAACAAUACGGAAAGUGACAUGUUUUCUAUAUGUCUGACUCCAGGUUAUAUAAGAUACAUUGAGUGUAAGAGAGGGCACCUGUGUGGAGGUGGGGUCGAAUACCUCCACCAUGACUCUGCGAGUCGUAAGAGGCGACGAAAAGGGAAGUCUC